AUGACCCUCGAGGUUAGAAGUAUAGAAGACGAUCUGACUGUUCAGUUAGAGGCCGAGGUGGAGGCCGAGGUGGAGGCCGAGGUGGAGGCCGAGGUGGAGGCCGAGGUGGAGGCCGAGGUGGAGACCGAGGUAGAGACAGAGGUAGAGGGUGAGUUAGAGGCCGGGAUAGAGACUGAGCUAGAGACAGAGGUAGAGAUCCAGAUCCUGGUGCAGCAGAAUGCCAAGGAUCAGACCAUAACUGAGGUCAAAGAUCAGAUAGAAGUCGCCACAACCAGAAUGAGACGUUUGAUGGGUUUGACGCGAGAGGGAGAUGCGCAGUGGAAGGAAGCCAACGGAAUCCUAGAAGAACUCAGACAGAGGCAGCUCCAGUUACCAGAAAAAGAUCGUCAGCUCAAGGCUGUGAUGGAGGCUAACGAGUCCAUAACCCUCGACAUCACAAAGUUAGAAGACGAUCUGACUCGUCUUAAACAGGAGACCCUUCAGUUUAUGAAGGAGCCUGUUCAGUUAGAGACAGAGGCCAAGGUGGAGACCGUGAUAGAGGCCACAAUAGAGAGCAAGAUAGAAACCGCAAAAGAGACAGAGUUAGAGGCCGCUAUAGAAACUCAGAUAGGGGCCGCGUUAGGGACCGAGAAAGAGACCGCGAUAGAAGCUAUAGUUAGCAAUGAAAGUGCGUCUGAACCUAAGCCAGAAUCCGUAGACUUUAGACAGGUGCGCAGGGUGCUAGGUCUGAACGUUAAGAGCCUGGUCCAACUGUUCGCUCAGAAAGACCAGGACGUUCGGGAGGAGGAACAACGAGCUAAAGAACUACAGGAGAAGACGAAACAAAAGGCUGCAAACUUCAGGUGCAGUCGCAAGUAA